AUGUUCACUGGGUUGAUAGAACAUCUGGGGACUGUCUCGUCCAUAGUUGUCAACGAAGGAGGCUGCACACUUACGAUCGCCAACACUGCCGAGAUCCUGAGCGAUUGUCAUAUCGGCGACUCCAUUGCAGUUAAUGGAGCAUGUUUAACCGUCACCGAAUUCAGUGAGAAGGAGGAGGGAGGAUGGUUCAAGGUGUGGUUGGCGAACGAGACGUUGGAGAGGACGGAUCUAGGCGAACGAAAAGUCGGGGACCAACUCAACCUAGAACGUGCGAUGGGAGCCCAUGUACGAUUCGGAGGGCAUUUCGUGCAAGCUCAUGUGGAUGGGACAGCAACGAUUGUUGACCGAUUCCCUGACGGUGACUCCCUCCGUCUGACCUUUCAGCUUCUCGAACCCACCCCUGAGCGGCCAUCCUUACUGCCAUACCUCAUUCCGAAGGGAUACGUGACGGUAGAUGGCGCCUCACUGACUCUAACCGGAGUGAACGACGCCGAUCGGACGUUCAGUGUGAUGCUCAUCCAACACACCCAGCAGAAGAUAACGUUAAGCAAGAAGGCAGUCGGUGCAAAGGUGAAUAUCGAGGUAGACAUGAUUGGGAAAUAUGUUCAAAAGAGCGUUGCCGCUGCGCUCGGAGGCGGUGGAGACGAGGGCCUGAGAAGUUUAAUCGAAAAGGUCGUCAAGGACGUCCUGAAAAAGGAGGCUUCUUCAUAG